UAGUAGUUAUGAACCGUUUUUUGGUGAUUUAUGUAUUAGUGGAAACUAUGUAUCUAAUGGUGGCACUGGAUAUUAUAAUUAUAUUAGCUUUCAAAACGCACAUAUUGAGGAUUAUGAAGUGUUUCAAGUAGUUAAAAAGUAA